GGUCACGAUAAUAGCUAUUAAGAAUUGAUUAAAUACCUAGUGAAGAUUACCGUUUCCUGUGUGAUAUUGGUACAAGAACCCAGCUACUUUGAUAUCUGUCGUCUCUUUAGAUACUCUGCUACAUUCUCAAAAGAGGAUGCCAUAUUCCGGGGUGACAGUUAAGUUCCGAUAUUCCCUAGAUGUCCGGAUGCGUGUCGCACCGGUGAUUGAUCUUGUCUUCGUCGAUCCAGCCGCCAUCGUCUUGCCAGACCAGAAGAACUUGUUCGUUGAAAGCACGGAUACAUUCCUCCAGGAUUGCGGCUUCUGCAAGUCCAGCGGCAAUGUAUCUGCCAACCUGGGCUUCCGGGUUUUCACUUCGUUUGAAAAAGUUGCUGUUGUAAAUGGAGACGUUUCUAUCGUAAAACAGAAGCAAAAGGUGAACGCCGUAACGCUAAUUUAUAUUAGAGCGAACAAUAUCUUAGGGGUGUAAUUCCGUUUCCAUUAGAUACCCAUUUGCGCAGAUGCUGAAAUAUACUACUCUUUGAGUCGAGAGGCUCAAUUAUACGUUUAUGGAACAGAGCUAUAAAGGUGGGCUAUUGAGCGAUUAAUGCCAACCCUCACACUGGAACUACUCGAGGCUCCUUACCCCUACAAGAGCAAUAAACAAUAAUGGAAGAAUUUAUAACCUUUGGUCUAUUAUCAAUAUUGUCUAGUAAACUAUUGUUUCCGACUAUAAGGUCUUGAAUGGGUAUCUAAUAUUGAAGACAAUU